GCUGCUGCAUGUCGCUGCUGGAUCCGGAUCGAUCAUUUCCUUUCCUGCUUCUUUUUCUCGAGCUAGGAUUCACUUUCUUAGCUGCCAUUCUGAGUAGGGACACGAAUUGUCACAACAAAGUGUCGUUACCUUAGUUUCGUACAUUCAAGAAGGCAAUGAAACUUGUACAGCUAACAGCAGCUUUUAAUUAUAUCAAAGUUUCAAACUUCAGCUUCAAACAAAGUUCAAACCUGGCUUGACUUCGCCGCGAUUCCUCUUCGCUGAUGCAGCAAGCAUUCUUGAGCCGAUCGCGAUAUGAUCGAGCUACAAAACAGCUAGCACAUGUGGUGGUUGCAGCGAAAAUUUAAAGGGGUAAUCUAUCACAGACUCACGAAAAUGGGGAAAAUCAAGCGACAAAGAAGAAAAUUGCAUCCACCAGCAGUCAAAGCCAAAGAUGAAGUUAAUACGAAUGAAAUGGAUACGGGACAGUUGCAGCCAAGUGUCUUGUUUCCAUCAAAGGGCAUCUUUCCCAGCUCUUCAGCCAAAGAUACAUUGCCAACAUGCAGGACAGAGGAGGAUGACCGAAUGACCUUUGUGUCCAAGAAAAGUAUCAAAGGAAGCAAACAGCUCUCCAAAGUGGAGAAAAGAAAGCUUCGACAUGACAAGUGGUUAGAAAAAAUGGACACCAUCAGCUCUGCCAAGAAGAAAGCGAUGGAUGCCAAGAAGCGAGCUGGUAUACCUGUUGUGGGUGACAUGCACCCUCUUAAUGAAGCUCUUCCUGAGCUUUCAGAAAUACUACAAAUUGGACCUCACUAUACACCAACCAAUACCAGGAACAAACAACCAACAAAGAAACCAAGAUCCACUCUGAAUAUGAAGGACAAGCAGAAGAUGAUGCUAGAAGAGAGUGCAAGAUUCCAUGAAGUUCUGAAGCAUUCUGCAUUCAAGAAAAACCCAUUUGCCACCAUCAAUGAACAUCUUAAAAACAAACUCAAACAAGAGCAACAACAAGAAGAAACGUGAUGAAAGAAGGAAUGAAAUUAACUAUUAAGUCUACAGUGGAAGCAGAGAAGAGAGGACUUCUAGCUGAACGAAUCUGUAUGUUAAAUUGGAUGCUUACGUUGAUGGGUGCUCAUUUCUUGGGUAUUGUGUGCCUCAUAGAAAGGUUUCUUAACAUAAAUGAUAAUUCUAAUUACUUUUAUGUAGAGCUUCAUAAAUAGAUUGUAAGCAUGCAAAACGAUUUACAGAUAGGCCCUAUAUAUUAUUACCUCAGUUUCAUUUAUUGGAUUCAGCUUUUGCACAUAAAUUUAUUCUCUUGAUGGAAAGUACAGUUUAUUGAUAAUGUCUGUUAUAUGUUGCGAUGCGCACUAGAAUUUAUGCACAUUUUGAUCAUCACACAUACAUAUACUAUGAAUGUACACGUAUGUAUGCACGGUAAAUUGCCAAUACGUCUACUGCCAACUCGUCCACUCACCACAUGGUCUACUUUCAUUUAGUCUAAUGCCAUUACGUCCAUCUAUAUUUCGUUUAACAAUCAUUUGGUCCAUUAACCAUUUGUUCCAAUCAUCACUUUGUCUAAUUAUCAUUUCGUCUAUGACCAUUUCGUCUCAUAACCAGUUGGUCUAAUAUCCAUUUUAUUCUCAUUCAUUUUGCACAAUUCAAUACUUAAUCCAAUUAGACCAAAUGGUAUAUGGACUAAUUGGUUAUUUGGACCAACUGGUUAUUGGAUGGAACAGCAUUAGACUAAAUGAAAAUAGACCAUGUGGCGGGUCGACGAACUGAUAAUAGACCAAAUGAUAGUAGACAAGCUGGCAAUUGGACGGAUUGGCAUGAGACGAAUUGGAAAUAAACCUGCAUGCACUCAUUAAUCCGCACUGCUAUGAAGAUGAUAGAAUAAAACAAAAGAACAAUAAAAUAAUUAUCGUUUCAAUUGACCAUGUUUUUAUAUACCAGGCGUAACAUGGUGGCAGCUAGGUUUGGUAUGAAUGAACCAAGGUACUGGAUCAGCCCCAAGAAGCUUCGUAGUUCCUUCUUUUUGGAUGGUGGCUCUAUCUGAUUGAUAGCUUCUAUCUUUUUCAUUUCCGGUUUUACACCAUCAGCAGAAUAGACCAACCCAAAGAAGCUGCAUUCUUGGACUUUGAUAAUGCAUUUCUCUGCAUUUAACUUGAUCCCAGCUCACCUUGUGUUUUCCAUGGCCUCAUGCAGGUUGUAAUCAUGACUCUGAUUGUCCUUUCCAUAGAUCUGUAUGUCAUCUGCUAUGCCUACAGCACCUUUGCAGUUCUUGUAUGUCUCAUCUAUCUUCAUUUGAAACACGUCUUGACUUACUCCUAGUCCAAAUGGAAGUCUGUUUAAACAGCAUCGCCCAAAAGGCGUAUUCCAGUAUCCAUUACUGGCAUCCAGUUUACUGAAGACUUGUGCCCCAUCGAGAUGUGGGGUGAUCUCUUCCAGUGUGGGCAUUGGGUAAUGGUCCCGCUUUAAUGCUGUUUUGAGAUCUCGAGGGUCCAAACAUAUUCGUAGUUUACCAUUGGGCUUUUCCUUCACUACGAUAGAGUUGACCCAGUCAGUAGGAGUCUCAACCUUGGUAAUAACUCCUUUCUCUUCCAUGUUGGUCUGCUCUUGUUGCAGCCUCUCCCUCAAUUCAAAUGCUACCCGACGUGGUGGGUGUAUGACUGGCUGAAUGCUGUUGUCCACAGUAAUGUGGUAUUGGAUAUCAUCAAAACACCCUACACUCAUCAAAGCACUCUGGAUACAUUGCCAAUAUAUCUGCUUUAUUCCUGACUGGAGGCCGUUUGUCUAUGGGUGUGUCAGGGUCAAUGCGUGCUACGCCUGGUUCCUUCUUGUUCACGUUAUGUAUGGUGAUUAGACCAAGAUCCAAACAGCUGUCUAGUCCGAAUAUUGCUUCUCCCUUUGCAUCAGUCACAAGGAAAUGCUCAUCAACACUCUUGUUGGUCCCUUUAAGAUGACCCGUUAUUCUGGAUACACCUGGCUGGCAGACUCGAAUCUCUCCAUAUGCCAGGAGAGUAGUGUUGCUCGGCUCUAGCACACCUUUCUUUGGAUAUCCAUCUUCGAUGUGUUCUGGAAAAAUCUGCUUGUAGAUACGCAUAGGUAGCACAUUGCUUUCGGCUCCCUUCACUUUGAGCUUUACCGUAGUUGGCCGAUCCCUGAUGUAUUUCUGGAUCUGGAUGAAGGCAUAGACAUCUUGAUUUGUUUGCUUCGUCUACGCUGUGUAUUUGGAUCGCACCAAUAUCUAGGUAUUCUUGCUAAUAUUGUGCACUUUCCUCUGUCUGUAAGUAGACUUUCUUGUUGGGACUCUAUUCAUUUCUGGGUGUAUUUUGCUUUGCUGAUAUGCAUACAGAUUCCCAGUGAUUUUGUUUCCCACAUGCUUUGCAUUCAGUGUGAAAUGCUGGGCAGUUCUCUCUCCUUGAGAAAUCAUGUUGUCUCCCACAAUUUCUGCAUUUUGGACUGCUCCUUCUGUUGCCCUCUCUCCUGAAGAAGAUAGGCAGGUUUGGGUCGAGAGGUUUUCACAGCAUCUACUUUCCGACCUGUAGUUUGAGACAUCAGCGACAUCUGCCAAUUAGUAGCUUCAUGACCUGUUGCUAUGUCUACAGCUUUCUGGAGUGAAAGCCUUUCAUCAUUCCCGAUGAGAGCUUUUUGUACAUCCUUCAAUGAGGUACCCCAAAUGAACUGGUCAAGAACACUGUUGUCUCGCUCUACUGCAUCUCUGAAUCUACGUUUGGCUGCUAUAUUUGUCAACUUAGUCAGGAAGUCAUCGUCAGUUUCGUCGUGGGAUUGUGUCAUAUGGUAUCGGUGUAUUUUAUGAUUUGUUUUGGGCUCUGUGUGCUGCUUAAAUUUGGUGAGGAUUACUUUUGUCACUAGCUUAUCCUGCUCAUUGUCGAAAGGUCCAGCUGUUGUAUAUCUCAAGCCCUUUCUCGCCCACCCAGAGCAGGAGGUAACUGCCUUUUUCGCUCUCAUUUCAAUUUUUCCAUACACUUUUAAACAUGAGUUCACGCCAUUGCUUGAACCUGGCGAAAGCUGUUACUACGUCUUCCGCUUCCCAGGCCAUAGUCAGUGCCGAUGAUAAUGUAUUAAUUGCAGCAGCCAUGACCGGUUUCACCCUCUCUCAUUCUCAGCAUGUAUCGUACGACGUAAGUCUACGGUAGGGUUGUACUCACAGUUUUCCACUGGUAGAUCGCAAAACUUUGCAUUCCAAUCCUUUUCCUUUGACAAAUCAUUGUUCAAUGUCCGUUAGAUUCGAUUUCAUUCACCGAUGCCACCAUGUUACGCCUGGUAUACAAAAAUAUGGUCGAUACAGUAAUUAUUUGAUUGUUCUUUGGAUUUAUUCUAUCGUCUUCGUAGCGGUGCAGAUUAAUAUGUGCAUGCAUACGUACAUUCAUAGUAUGUGUGUUGAUAUAAAUGUGCAUAAAAUGUAGCGCGCAUCGUAACAUAUAACAAUGUCAAAUCAUUGUUUUUCUUCUCUCUGAGAAGAUCAGUGAAGAAAUAUGCACAGAUUGUUGAAGGAUGGCUCCAACAUGUGCAUAUAAAUGUGAUUAUGAUAUGUUCGAUGAUAUUAUGUGGAAGCCCCAUGGUGUAGUGGUUGUGGCUCUCUUUCAAUCAGAGGAUCAUAGGUUUGAAUCUUACUCCAUGUGUUGAUGAUAUUCAGUAAGAAAUUCUUCAAUACUCUGUGCUUCCUGCAGACAAUCUACAUGUGGUAAAUUCAAAAUGGCAGGAUUUAUUUUGUAAAUGCAGAUCAUGUAAAAGCUUCUCUGCUAAAUCCUGAGUAAUUAUGCUGCAUUAUUUUAGAGCGCUUACAGACUUGUUGGGCGCUAUAUAAAAGAGCAUAAGUGUGAAUGUUGUACUGUUCACCUGUACUAGCUGCACAGAAAUGUUGUUAACGCAAACAGUGCACUAACAGAGGCCCUAUUUAAAUCAGUAAUGUUGCAACUUGGGUCACAACAACCGGUUAUUUACAUCUUGGAUCAACGAUUGACAUCACAAUAUGAAAUAUGUGACAUGAUGUGACUGUUCCUACUCUUAGCGCUCUGUUAGGCUAACAACGUGUCUGUGAGGUCGGCACUGAAGUAACAUUGGUGAAUAAUUAUAAGGGUUCAUCAUCAAGGGAAAUCUAAAAUCAUGUUGACAGAUCAAAGCAAGAAUUAUAUCAUACAUACCAGUUUUAAAACUUCAUUGAUUUGCGAACAUUUUGAUUGGGGAUGGGCAUGACCAUUACAAGGAAGAAACCAUGCUCAUACACAGACUUUUUAAAAAUGAACCCAUAUCAAGUAAAACAUCCCUCCAUCUCGGAGACCUUUAACAAAUGUUUUUCAAGUUUACCCCACCAGAAAUAAUGCCUCAAUUAUUCUAUUUGCCUUAUAGGUUUAAAUUUACCUAUCCUUAUCCGGGUUUGAAAAGUACCCCUCUGUCCUGAUUUUGGCAGUUUUGAUACCCUUAACACUGUAAGUGUGUACAUUGUCAGGCUGUUAAAAGCAACCCCUUUAUUUCAUAAUUUUGUGUGCAAGUAAUUUGGUAAGAUAUGCAGAUGCAAUCUCCAGCACAAGUCUUAUAAUUCCUUGAUCCUGCAGGAUUGUUCUUUGUUAUUGAAUAGACUCAAAUCAUAAUUUUCAAUACUGCAUAAUAUGCUAUUUCAUGAACAUGAUUUUAUUGCUUUUCCAUCCAUGUUGUGCACGUAUAGCUUGUCAAAUUUUGCAGUUGUCUAGUUGUGGAACACAGACAAUGAAACCACCAAAAAAUAUUAAGGUUAUGCAGUAGGUCUUACAAUGAUAUCAUAAUUGAGCAUGUUGAUAGUAGAUGAGUGUUGGUCUUUGACUACUACCUUGAUCCAUUUGUCAAGCAAUGACAAUAGUAUCCUGUGUAUUGAAAUCAGAACAAAGACAAUUUUUAAACUAAUUUAUAUACAAGAUCCUUUAGAUAAUAAUACAGAUGAAACAAAAGAAUAGAAAACUUAUAGCUUAAUUUUAGAAAAAUUUUAGGGGUUGUGUAUUGUUUUGCCUACUUGAACUGGGCAGUCCCUAUUACAAAGCUAUAGGAAUCAAUGAAUUAAUUUGCCAGUAUGGGUUAACUGAGGGAUCGAUGGAAGAUCAGUGAAUAAUUCUUCAGGUGUUUUUUAUUGCAUCAUGUUGAUGAAGAUAACUGUAAAUUAUAUGAGCAAUAAAACAACAGUUGUGAGAAAGGGAGCCAAGGUUAAAUCUUAAUCAUGAAAUACAUAGUAAACAUUUAUAUGUACUAUUUUCAAUAAACCUCAGUUUAACAACUUAA